AUGGGUCGAGAUCGUUCGCGUUCAAUGUCUUCCAGUUCGUCUGGACGUGGUGCACAAUCAUCGAAAUGGGAUGGACAAGCUGGUUAUCGUAUACAUGUAUCUGAUUUAGUUGCUGGCGUUAAACGAGAAGAAAUUGAACAAGCUUUUACAAAAUUUGGAACUCUUAAUGAGGUUUGGGUAGCAACAAAUCCUCCCUGUUUUGCAUUUAUUAAUUAUAAACAUCGAUCCGAUGCUGAACAAGCUAUUCGAGAACUCGAUGGAAAAACAAUUGGUGCGUCUCGUGUUGGUGUCACGUGGGCUCGUACUCGUACAUAUGGUAGUCGAAAUGUUGGUGGUCGUAGUGGACCAUUUGGUUCUUUUCGAGCUGGUGGUAGUGGUGGUGGUGGUAGAAAUAAUCGACGACGAUCAAGAAGCCGUUCACGUAGUGGUUCACGACAACAUAAACGUCGACAUAGUCGAUCACGAUCACGUGAUCGUUAUCGUCGUCGAGGUGAUUCACCAUAUGAUCAAAAACGUUCACGUCGUACAAGUAGAGAAAAAAGUAAAAAGGAUGAUCGAGAUAAAUCUCAAUCAAAAUCACGUUCUCGAUCACGUUCACAAUCGAGAAAGAAAUCAUCGAAUACUGAAAAGAAACGAAGUGAAUCACGUGGUUUAAGUCCAAAUGGACAUACUGCUGAUGGUCGAUCAUCACCGAUUGCUACUGAAGACUAA